UAUAAUGGAAACGGUUCCACGAACAACAGUCCUUUUGUAAAAGAAAAAUAAAUAAAAUUCACAAAAAAAUAGUAAUAAUUAAAAACAAUAUUGAAUAUUGUUUUUCUCCGAGAAUUGUUUUUGUAAAACAAUUUUCGGUUCAAACAAGUUACGGUGUGUAUUUAAAGUGAUUGAUGGAAUAGAAUUUACGAGAAUUACUUUAUCUUUUAUGGAUUUUGUGUGAUUGAUACUUCUUUCAGUUUCAAGUGUUUGUUUGAACUGUGCUGUGUGUAAUAUCAGUUGUUUUUCAAGCAUAGUGUAUUGUUGUUGGAUUAUUUUAAGGAUUAAGAACUAUGGAGCGGCCAUGACACUCGCACCGUCAGACUAGAGGGCAGCAGUCCAGGAUGAGCCUCACCAGGUUGGGUCAGAGUGUGGACGGGACGGCGGGGAGGGGGCCCAAGGACAGUCCUUGUUACUUCUGCAAUGAACUCUUUGAAAUGGGACAGUUACAGAACCACCUGAAGAUAUGUGGCAGUAUCCUGGAGCAGUGCCCGCUGCGCUGCGGAGCCUGGAUACAGAGGAAGCACAAGGAGACACACGUCAAGGACUGCCCCAAGAUGGAAAAGACGCGCACAUCGUCGAGUCACGUGAGCGCGCCAGCGCCGGCGCCGCCACCACCAGUACCAGUCUCCAACCACACUUGGUCUCCACGACAGGUGCCCCUCGACGACUGCGUGUCCUAUUUGGAGAAGGAAGUCGCUUCCAUCAAAUUAGUCCUAACAGAAGAGUCAGGACACCGCGACGUGCAGUCGACGGAGAUAGAGAACAUUCGUUCGAAGCUGGUUCUGGUGGAGGAACGCAGCCAGCACUUCCUUUCAACCCUCGUGUCCUUGAGGGCAGCGGUAGACGAUGAAGCCGAGAGGUCUGCCAACUGGGCUGCACAGUUCAAACAUGAUCUGGCCAAUGUGCAGCUAGCACUGCAGGAGCUGCAAAGCCAGCAGUUGACUACAGUGAUGAGGCUGGAGAGCGCAGUGAGCAGCCUGGUGCACGAGCAGCACGAGCGGGAGCUACUGGAGCAGGCGCUCACACAACAUGACAAUAGGAUCAGGGCGGUCAACAAACUUGAGGAAGUAAUAAACUACAUAAGGCAGACAGUGGAAGAGGAGAGAGAGAGGAACGCGGAGAACCGCGCGGCGCUGGAGGCGGAGCUGAUGGAGGCCAGGCGGUCCUCGGAGCAGCUCGCCAACCUGUCGGCGCUGAGGAUGCAGCUGCAGGCCACGUCUGAUGAGAGGCCGGCUAUGGACCGCGUGGCAGUACUGGAAGUGGCGACAGCGGACGCUCGAGCAGAGUUGUCGGAACACUCCACGAAAGUAGACGCAGUGCUCCGAGACUUGCGCGCCCUCACCAAGUCCUACCAUAAGAUGAGGAACGAGCUCGCUGACUUCCAGUCCAAGGUCACCUUCGAUAGGAAUGAGCUGGGAUCUGAGGACGGUCGCUUCAUAUGGAGGAUAGACAAGUUCCUGGCUCGAAUGAAGGAGGCCAAGGAGAACGACACCGUGCUGAGCAGCCCUAUCUUCCGGACCAGCAAGUAUGGAUACACGUUGAAGGCAGAAAUCAACCUGAACGGUAUCGGCAAAUGGAAGGGUCGCCACAUAACGUCAACAGUCCGGCUGGUGGCUGGACCGUACGAUGCUCUGCUGGAGUGGCCCUGCGACCUGAACAUCAACAUCGUACUCCGAGACCAGCCCAAUAACAGGAACCAGGCAAUGGACAUAGUGAAAUCACUGCAACUGAAGCGAAAAUCAUCGUCCAAGCGACAUGACUACGAUGACGGCGGUGAUGAUGAGAAGACCAAGUCUUCAGACACCCUGGACAAGUCAGUCACCCAGCUGAAGAGGCAGUACAUCUUCAUACCACACACUAGUCUGGACAAGUUCGAAUAUGUUAAGAAUGAUGUCAUGUUUAUUGAAUUUAUUGUUAAUCAGUAAUUUUAGGACUAUUUUGUUCCUAGAUAAUUCGCCUUUAUUUCUAGAUUAAUUAAUUUAAAAUCUAGUGAUUUGAUUAAUGUUUAUCGCUCAGCUAAAAAUAAAGUUUAUAAAGUUAAAUAAAUAAAUAAUUUGUACAAUGUGCCAAAGUUAAGUGCUUAGACAGUGUUUGAUUGUAUAUCAGUUUGUAUGAUCACGAUCAUUACUAUUUUAGGGAACUCUGAGAGUAAAGUUCCCUAAGCAAAGGAGGAUCCUCCGACCAGGCGAGGUGAUCAGCCUGGCGGGCUUUCUGCCCAACUGUUGUUCGUUGGGAUUUUCUAUCCGUCUUAAUUCGCAUGUAAACUUCAUAUGUGCGAUGCAGGAUAUUUGUGACGUCAUCCGUUGAUUUGCUCGUCGAUAGUCUAUGUGCGACUUCUGUCAUCUGUCACUUGUUACUUGUCAAUGUGGCGCCACAUCACUCCCCCCCAAGACCGGAGGUCGAUCCUGUUGAGACGGCUGUCGAUGCUUGAGAUGAGCGGUGCCAGAGCCAGUGUAGAAUGUCCCUAGUUCCAGUGAGUCGGAACUGUGCCGCUGAAUGCCCAGUGAGUCGGGUGAGCGGUGCAGGGUGAUACUCCAGUGAGUCGGAGUAGUGAAGCUAGCAGUGUCCCACGGUGAGUCGGGGAAUUGAUGCUGCGAGGGUAGGUGCGUAGUGGCUGGCGUCUGCGUUGACGGGAGGAAGACGUCCUCAGACCGUGUGCAGAGUGCUGUGCCUAGACGCUGAUGAGGCCGUAGGGAAGAACCAGGCUGCAUAUCUUCGAUGUAGCGUGUGGUGGUCCCUGAUGAGGCCGAGGAUGCUGGUUGGCUGCGACUUGGUUACCGCUCAGCGGAGAAGUGAUGGGUGAGGGAGAUGGCGAUGAGGAUGACGGUGCUGAUCUGCUCCGUGAAGGUUGCUUUCGAUCACGUCGGGGUCACCACUUUAGGGAACUCUGAGAGUAAAGUUCCCUAAGCAAAGGAGGAUCCUCCGACCAGGCGAGGUGAUCAGCCUGGCGGGCUUUCUGCCCAACUGUUGUUCGUUGGGAUUUUCUAUCCGUCUUAAUUCGCAUGUAAACUUCAUAUGUGCGAUGCAGGAUAUUUGUGACGUCAUCCGUUGAUUUGCUCGUCGAUAGUCUAUGUGCGACUUCUGUCAUCUGUCACUUGUUACUUGUCAAUGUGGCGCCACAUCCUCCUUUUCUUAGAGAACCACUUUAGGGAACAGCGAGU